ACCGUGUGUUGUGUUAUGAAAAUGUUACUUCAUGAAUCGUAGUAAUUGUUUUUCCAAUGUUGAUAAAUAUUUCAAAGCAUUACUCUCUUAUUAAUUAAAUUUCAGAAGUCAACAGUGCAUUAUGUCUUGUCAUUUAAGUAAACGUGCUGUGUUAUCUAACAUUCGGUCUCUUAAAUCUGCUCUUAAAUUUGGUGACGAAUCUGUAACUCCUGAUAACUAUUCAGUAGAGUCAUGGAAUAAUGACUGGGACUUUGAAGAUCCUUUUGAAGGGAAAGGAACAGAAGCUAUCAAACUAAAAGGUGGAGAACAAUCAUGGAUGCAAGAGUGUGUGGCAUCUUUGUCACCCAUGGUAGAUGUUUUAGCUUUAGGACAUCUACAGCAGGCAGUAUUCUUUACUUCAAAAUGGGAUGCUGCUGAAGAAAGUGAAGUCAAAUUAAAAUUUGUUCCUUUAUUUGAAGGUAAACUGUCUGCUGAAAAAGAUGAAAACAUUACUAGUAUACUUUGUUUACCAUUGGCAUCACAGAAAAGAAGUCUACAAGGAGGUCCUGACUGGACUUGUAUUAUUGUUGGUUUCUCUUCUGGCUACAUACGAAUAUAUACAGAGAAUGCUGAACAGUUGUUAUCACAAAAAUUUCAUGAUGAACCUGUAGAACAUUUAAAAUGUAAAACUCAUGUGCCUAAUCAUUUUUCAAAUUAUUCCGACCAGCCUGAUGAGCUUGUUAUUGUGUUUUCCACUGUUGUUGUUACUGUUGAUGGUUUUGGACUCUUUCAAACUUUGCGUGCAUGUAGGAAUCAGCUUGCAAGAGCAACUGCUGGCAGGCAAGAAAUUGUUCAGCCACCUCCUUUGACUUACAAGAAAUGGGGCUUUCAUGAACAUGAUAAACUCAUAGAUUGUGAAGCUGCAGGUGUUAUGACUACAACACAAUUUGAUCAUCUUGUCACAGAAUCUGUGCGCAAAGGCUUUUAUGGUGCUGUAAAACCUGCAGCUCCAUCUAAUUCCCUAUUGAUGACAACUGGAUGCAAUCCAUAUGUUGGAUAUUAUCAUGCAUCUGAAGGUAGUAGUCAGCAAUUUUUGGCUGAAGUAGUUCAUGCUGUUGCUUCAAAACUUAUGAAUUUUAUUUCAAGUUAUAGUGCUGGUGGAAUUGUUGGUGGAUUGAUGGGAUUCAAUCAACCUAAAGUUCAAAAACCAGUUCCUAAAAUUGAGCCUGCUACAGUUUUGCCUUUGAGAUUUGGGCUGUAUGAUAAAAGGAGGCAAGGCACUUCAAUAUAUUUGUCACCCAACAAAUGUUUGGCUGCUGUUACAGAUGCUUUUGGUAGAGUUAUCUUGUUUGAUGUUUUUAAGGGAACUGCUGUUCGUAUGUGGAAAGGAUAUCGAGAUGCUCAGUGUGGCUGGGUAGAGGUUGAGGAUGAUGUAAUGAAAGAUAAAAGUGACCCUGCAAAGAAAAUCAGAAGGGUAUUCUUUCUUGUAAUUUAUGCACCUCGACGAGGAAUAUUAGAGGUUUGGUGUUCCCAACAAGGGCCUAGAGUUGCAGCUUUUAAUGUAGGAAAAUCAGGAAGAUUAUUUUGUCCUGGAUACACAAUAGUUGGUGGAAAUUUCUCUACUGCUCUAAUGAAGGAUCGUUUAUGCUCAUGUUAUUUCCUGGAUGUUGACGGCAUUCUGAAAAAAAUAAUUGUGCCUUUUCAUUUAAUUUUGAGUGAGAAAAAUAGCAAACGAGCUCGUGAUAUGCAUUUACUGCGGGAGCUCAAGAUGGCUCUUAAAAACACUACCAAAGGAAAAUCAUUUGAAAUAAUAAAAAUUUUAAGAGACAUGAGAAUAUCUACCACACGUAUACAAGCUUUAGAUAAUAUCUUGAAUAGUCGUCAUUCCACUCCUGAAUUAGUAGAAGAAGUUGUUACUGCCCUUUUGAAUCACCUACAAAAACAAGAUCAGUUGCAGAUGGACAAUGAUGCAAAAUUAUUGCAGCAAUAUUGUGCUAGAACUUUACAACUUUUAAAACUAUAUAACACAAUGAAUGAUAUAAAUACUAAAUCUGUUGAAGCUUUGCCUGAAACAGUAGAAGAAUCUGUUGAUAUACAGUCAUAUUCUACCAGCCUCUGCAUUUCAGAAUUUGAAGUUGGGCGCAUUUUAUCUUUAGUUACUCUCCAUCAAGAGAUAGUUCCUGUGCUUAGACGCCAAGUUCGCUUCUCUGAUGAUAGCACUUCAGAAUUGUCCUUUUCAGAUUUUGUCACUUGUUUUGUUGCUUAUAAUAGUCAUCAGGUAAAAUCUGAGGGAGAAAUUCUAAAGAAUCUACCCAUUGACUUGAAUUCUAAAAUUUCUGACAAGAGCAUUGAAUCUUUAGGCGGAUUUUUGUUCCACUCAUCUGUUCAUGGUGGAUCAUAUUUUAGCACACUUCAGGCAGCUUUAAGAGAUAGUGGAAUCCUUCCAGAAAAACUACUUAUGCUACUUCUGAAACAUUGGGUUUCUGAUGCAGGAUUCUGUCCGAGUCCUGAUAAAUGGAUCAACCUGCAACAAGUAAUGAAGCAUAUCAGUUCAUUAAGUGAUCCCAAAUUGGUGAGUUCUGAUUCAGACCAUGUUUCACCAUGGUGGGCUGCUGUCCGAGAAGCUUUGCACAAAGCUACUGGCAAUGUUGCUGCGUAUAUUGGAGCUGUCGUUGCUCGCUCUGUAUCCGUCAUCAUGGCAGCCUCUUUCAGUGUUGAGCACAAAAAAACUAAUGAAGAAAAAAAAGAUAAAGAAAAUGAGGAAAGUGGGGACAGUGAUUGGGAAGCAGUAUCUCUUGAUUUGGAGCAUUGGAAUCUUCUAGUCAAACAGUUGGAAGAUGUCUUGAUGCUGAAUAUACUCUUAAAAAGUCAACCUUAUGGAAAGGCUAUUGUGAAAGAUGUGAACAUAUCUAUUGAGACUCUUUUAAAUGGAGGCCAAGGUUCUGUGACUGAUCUUAUUGCAGUGUGGGCAGUUUCUGUUGGUUUAGAACCUGAGAUGUUAUCUUCUUUCUUAUCUGAAACUAAUUUGGAUAAUGGAUCUGUUCUUCAUAAAUUUUUAGAUGAUAAAUCAGAUUCUAGGUCUUUAAAUAUUGUUAAAGGACUUCUGAGUGAUAUUCGCAGAAAAUUCCCUUAUAGUCUGAAUCACGAUGCUCUUCUUGCCAACUGUGGCUGGGAGCAUCUUAUGCAGUGGAGUAAAAAUAAGGACACUGUGGCACAUCUUGAGCAAGCAUUGAGCUGCUUGAAUUUAGUACAAAGUUCCAUAAUUAAAAAUGGAUUUGCUGCUAUGAUGUGGAAAACAUUCAUUUUGAAGACAUUUGAAGCCACAGCUCAUCUUAUGGAAAAAGUUGGUAAAACGCCAAAAGAGAGACUUUGUCGAAAGGAGCUGGAAAUGACAGAUGGGCAUUUAGAAAACUUUUUAGAAUUCUGUUGUCAAAUUUUGAAUAUUAUAUUAGAAUCUAAUGUUCCAGCUGAAGUAGAAGAUCAUCCCAAUUUCCCUGUGGAGAAUUUUUGGCAUGGCCACGAGAACACUGGUCACCCACCUUUGAUUGCAAUGGCCUUAAAUCAAAAAUCUUGUAGUAAUCAUCAAGUUUAUUUUCACCUGAUGCUGGCUAAUGUUUUGCAUUUGAUUGUAACAUUUCAGAUGAAAAAUAUUAAACCACUUGGAUUAUUUAGCACAAUGGGACGGAAAGCAUUCUUUCGGGAGUUAACCUUCCACAUUCAGGAGUCUGCAGAGCGAGAGGAGCAAGGUUUGAGCACUUCUCGUAAUCAAUUUCUACUUCGAGCUACAGCUGCAGUUGUGCAGAGUUUACCCGAGAUUGAUCCUCAGUGUGAGAAUUCUGUGGAUCAGGCAGAUUAUCCUGCUGCCAGUAGAAAGUUUAGCUGCAUUCUAGAUCUUGCUCGAGCCUGGGAGCUGGAUCUGGAUGAAAUCAGGAGACACUAUGUGUGUGAACUCUAUUCAGGAGGUCAAGAUCUGCUGGCACAAGAAGUGAAAUCUGCAGUUGUUGACAAAGCUCUCCUUUCUUCUCAACUGCUUCUUCUGGUUGGACAGAGGAUUCAUAAGAUUAUUUUUGACAGUCCCAACCCUGCUGGAAGGUUGGGUUGCCUCACACCUGAUGUUGUUUCAUUUCUUAAUAAACUGGGUGAUAUGCCAUUGCGUUGUAGCAAUGUACCUCUUUCUACAACUUCUAUUCUCGUUGACCAAAUUCUGGCUUACUUGCCAGAAGAGAGCCGAGAACAUAAAUUGGCCACUGGAAUUAGAGACUCUCUACCAAAUUUAAUGCAGAUGGUUUCUAAGUCUUCUUGAUAAUAGGUUGAAAAUGGCAUCCUAAUUACUUAUUAGUUUUAAAAUAUUGAUGAAAUAUCAAUACAGCUUGUAAAAAAGAAUGAGAAAAAAGAGUGUUAUUUUAUUGUAUUUACAUCUCAGAAUUUUAUUAAUUGUUGUGUGUAAAUAUUUAUAGAUGAUAAUUUUGAGGGCUGGAUUUAAACUAGAAAGAACAGCUUGUAAUUUUUUUUUUUUCCUUUUUGUUAAAAUUUUAUUAACAUUCUUUGGAUUCUGGAUGUUUUAAAUUACUGCAAAUGUUUUUUAUGUGAAAAAUCAGUUCUUAGUUUGUAUUUAUUAAUUAGUUCUUAUAAAUAUUGUCGAUUUUACUAAAUUUAUCAGUGUGCUAA